CACGUGCCAGGGCACGGGCUGCUGCUGCCGCCGCCGCUGAGCGGGCUUUGGCUGGGGGCGCCCGCGACCAUGGCUCUGAGGAAGGCAGCGCGACCGCGCUCUGCAUCAGGAACGCUAGAAACGUUCCCCCGCGGCAGCAUUCUGAAUGAGCUACGGGAGUCGAUGGCCGAAACCGAGGCUUCAUUUCGACGUGCCCAGACUUCGCUAGGAGGCCCCAGAUUGCAAGCUGCCUCUCCAGUUUCCCUCAGGAGCUUUUCAGAAGAAGCACGAGAAGAAAGCUCUUGGCUUCCAGAAUGGCUGGUGAAAGAGUUACUGAAAGGGCAGCAGAGGAGUCACUCAAUAGGACUCCUGGAGAAUAUAUUGGAGCGUGAAAGUUUUUGGCAUCGCAUUGACUCUGCCAACAGUCUGAGGAAAGGAAAGAUUGAACAACAAGUGACCCUUGAACACCUUCAGAAACUAAAUACAGCUUUUCAGGAGUUAGAAAAGAAUGGAUGUAAAUCACUAGAUAUGGAGAAAUUCAAGCAGGUAGUGAAGAACUGUAUGGCACCACAUAGAACGAGUGAUGAACAAAUAGAAAAACUUUUCAUGAAAAUAGACUGUGCUGCAACUGGGAGAAUUCAGUGGGAUGAGUUCUGCACAUACAUGCAGCUAGAAUAUGCAGAACAAGACGUGUCAUCUGCCCGAUUAAAGGAGCCAACAUUCUCGCUUCCUGCUGAGAUAGUAGAACACUCUCCUGGAGAGCCUGUCGUGCGCAUUUGUUCUCUGUUUGACAACACCUUAGUAAUGACCCAAGAAGAUGGAGUUAUUUCCUUCUGGUCUCCACAACUAAAGCUGAAACGAAGCAAGAUGGUUUUUGAAAAACCUGGCAACAAAAAAUCUAAGCGGGCGACAAAUUUCACUAUCAUGACACAUUACAACAAACUCAUCCUGGGAACUGGGGAUCGUGAAAUCCAGUUGUAUGAGAUGUCCAACUUCGAACCAUACUGCCAGAUCAGUGGUUUGGAAGCAAUCCCUUUAAAACUGGACUAUUGUUGCACUGAUCCUGAUGAGUGCAUGAUUCUAUAUGGUGAUGACCAGGGGUGUGUGAAUAUCUUGCUUUUGUCUUCUGUGGGGGAACUCCUACGAACGUGGAAGAAACUGCCAAAAGCUGAAAACCUGCCGAGUGUUAGCAUUGAGAAUGCUGUUCUUUCUCCAAAUGUGACUUACAUUCGUUGGAAAGUGCAUGGAGACUGGGUUACACAGCUGCACUACUAUGAUUCCAUUAAAGCAGUGAUUUCUACCUCCAACCAUGAACCUACAGCUUUAGUAAUAGGGUGUACUGUUGGCGCUACUAAUGUUGAGCAGCAGAUGAAAAAAAUAAAGGACCGUGGGAAAGAUUCAAAAGCAAGAAAAGGGCAGGUGAUACCUAGAAUCUCUCCAAAGAGAGCUGAGGGAGAUCAGACUGUGUUUCAGGUCUACAAAGGAGUAAAAACAUUUGCAUUCUGUAAAAAAACCAACCUCAUAGUGACAGGCGGAAUGGAUCGAAUCAUUCGGAUGUGGAACCCUUACAUGUCUGGCCGACCAACAGGCAUGCUCAGAAGCCACACAGCGCCAGUCUGUUACCUCUCCAUAGCUGCAGAAGAUGCGAAAAUAUUUUCCAUAUCCACAGACAACACUAUUAAGAUCUGGGAUAUUGUGGAUCAGACCUGUUUAUUUACAGCCUGUUCAAAAACCAGUGGAAUUAAGGGAGAGCUCACUGCUUGCCACUACAUCCCAGGCACCAGAUCGCUUUGUGUUGCUGAGGAUACACUUGCUCUUCUUCAUCUGAGAUUAAGGCCUCCUCCAGAGCCCCACUUGAUCAUGUCUCAUAAGGAGCCCAUUCUGUGCUGCAAAUACAACAAAGAGUUCAGGCAUGUGGUGAGCUGCUCAGAGGGAUCUGUGGUUAAAGUGUGGGAUUUUGAAACAGGAAAGCAUUUAUUUGAGUUUAGUGGUGCUCAUGGAGGUGCUGCAAUCACCUGUUUGACCUUUGAUGUCAGUGGAAGAAGGUUAAUUACAGGAGGAAGAGAUGGAUGCUUGAAAGUAUGGAAUUACAACAAUGGACAUUGUUUGAAUACUUUGAAAAGGGAAGAUAAAUGUGCUGAAGUCUGUGACUGCACCUAUGUGGAGGUGAACAGAAGCAGGUAUAUCAUAGCUGUUGGAUGGGAUAGAAGAAUAAGCAUGUAUUUUGACUCUGUAGACGACCUUCAUCACUUUCAGAAACCUCAGCCCUAUUGGCAUGAUGACCUAAGCUGUGGCCACAAGGAGGAUAUUCUGUGUAUUUCUCAGUGUCCACCUACUCUUCUUGCCACCUCCAGUUAUGAUGGUGAAAUUAUUGUUUGGAAUAUGAUCUCAGGACACAUAUACUGCAAACUUCACACAUCUUUUCCCACUCACUGUGCUGGCAUAGAAGCUGUAGACACAAGUAUUACUCAACUCAUAUUUCUGAAGACUCGCGCAGUGAAAUUUGAAUCAACAGCAGCCUCUCUUAUUUCCAAUGGGCCUCAAGGUUCUGUCAACUUCUGGAGUCCAUUCAGUGGAAUCCCACUUACAGCAAGCUUCAUACCUUCUAGAGUGAAAUCCCACAUCAGCAGUAUUGCUGUCACUGCGGAUGAUUCAUUUAUUUAUGCAGCAGAUGAUGAUGGAUAUGUGUACGUCUACAGCAUCAAGGACUAUGCCCUUCAGGACCCAGAGCAAGAACCACCGAAAUAUGUGAAUCAUUGGAGAGCUCAUAUAAAUAUAGUUGUAUCAGUAGAAGUGGUUGAUGAAGAAAAAGUCCUGCUCUCCUCUUCUAUUGAUUGUACUGUUCGUCUGUGGAGUCUGGAUGGAGAGUACAUUGGGACUUUUGGGCAGGCAGAACCAUGGGAAAUUUUCACACCUGCCUCCUGGAAACAUCCCAGGGUUCCCUAUGAAAUCUUGAUAAACCCACAAAGCAUGCCAAUUCACCCCAUGCUAGAAGGAGAAUCACCUGUCUUACAACCCAUAAACACAGAGCCAAGUAAUGUAACUCUGGAAAACUCCUUAUCUAAGCAUGAAAUGAGCUAUAAUCCUAAACUUCCCCAAGUCACCAUUCCUGACCUGGAUAUCAAAGAGGAAAUCAACCAGCGGUCUUAUGCACAAGCUGUGGGUAAAAGACUGAAGCAGGAGCAUUACAAGAAGAUAAAUAGACCACUUGUGCCUGGGGGCCAGAGUACAUAUCACAUAAUCAACAGCUGCGAAGUUGUCAUUGCUCCACCAAUAUGUAAAAAGCCUGACUUGUCUGUUCUUGGUACAGACUACUUUUAUGAAGAAUCAUUAGGGGAAGAGUAGAGCAAUAAUUCUGCAGGUAAACUGAGCAUAGGCCCAUCUGUCUCUUCAGUGGUAGCAAAGCAGUUUAUUUUUGUUUCUGGUGUAAUUUUUCUUCUAUUGUUUUGACAGAAAUACACUUAAAAUAUGGUGAAGUGGGUUCUAGCCUAUGGAAGCUUAUGCCCAAAUAAAUUUGUUAGCCUCUAAGGCGGGGUGGGCAAAUUUUUUGAUCUGACGGUUCCAUCGGGUUUCCGAAAUUGUAUGGAGGGCUGGUUAGGGGAGGCUGUUCCCCCCCCCAUUUGCCCCCCCUGCUCCUCCCCCCAAUGGGACCCCCUGCCCCAUCCAACCUCCCUAGUUCCCUGACUGCCCCCUGGGACCCCUGCCUCAUCCACACACCCCCAUCCUCUGUCCUGACUGCCCCUGGACCCCCCACUGCCCCAUCCAACCCCUCCUCUCAUUCCUGACUGCCCCCUGGGACCCCUACCCCAUCCAACCACCUCUUCUCCCUGACCACCCCCAGACCCUCCACCCCUAACUGCCCCCUGCUGCCCCAUCCAACCUCUCUCCUUCCUGACUGCCCCCCUGGGACACCUGCCCCAUGCAACCCCCACUUCUCCCUGCCCCCCACUGCCCCAUCCAAGCCCCCCACUCCUUCCUGACUGCCUCCCUGGAACCCUUCCCCCAUUCAACUCCCCUGUUUCCCGCCCUCUGACCACCCCGACCCCCAUCCACACCCCCAGCCGCGGACCACCCCCUGAACUUCCCUGCCCCCUAUCCAACCCUCUCUGCCCCCUUACCACACUGCCUGGAGCACUAGUGGCUGGCGUUGCGGCUGCACCAGGACAGGCAGCUGCGCUAUCUGGCUGGAGCCAGCCAUGCACCGUGCAGCACAGAGCACCGGGUCAGGCCCGGAGCAUUGCGCCGGUAGCACAGUGAGCUCAGGCUGCAGAGGAGGGGCCAGGGGAGAACCUCUGGGGCCAGGCAGCAGGGUCCUGUGAGCCAGAUGUGGCCUGUGGGCUGUAGUUUGCCCACAUCUGUUCUAAGGUGCCACAAAGACUCCUCGUUGUUUUUAACUUAAAAUAUGCAUGUUUCUUAAUCACUUCUGGACAGUUUAUCCUUCUAAGCUUCCUACUAUAGUGGCUCAUCAGUUAAUUCUAUAGAGCUGGACUUAUGUGGCAUUUAAACAAGAAUUAUAUAAGCACAAAGUGAAACCAGAACAUGACUGUUAAAUAAAUGAUUCCAUAUUAACUAAC